UUGUGUUGGGAGUGAUCGCAGAGUGGGAAGGCUGAUUGAAACGCUGCAUCUACGCCAAGACGUUUUUCGCUUUCAUUCACGUCAGAUUGAUACUUACAAACCCGGACGUAACCAACGCCUAGUUGCCGGAGAGAAACGAUGCAGACUAUAAAGUGUGUGGUGGUUGGAGAUGGAGCUGUCGGAAAGACCUGCCUCCUCAUCUCCUACACAACCAACAAAUUCCCAUCUGAAUAUGUUCCCACGGUGUUUGAUAACUAUGCUGUCACAGUGAUGAUUGGAGGAGAACCGUACACAUUGGGGCUUUUCGACACGGCAGGUCAGGAAGACUACGACAGACUUCGGCCUCUCAGCUAUCCGCAGACAGAUGUCUUCCUGGUUUGCUUCUCUGUUGUUUCUCCUUCCUCCUUUGAGAACGUAAAAGAGAAGUGGGUACCAGAGAUCUCUCACCACUGUCCUCGCACUCCAUUCCUUCUGGUUGGCACUCAAGUUGACUUGAGAGACGACAGUAAUACUGUUGAAAAACUAGCCAAAAACAAGCAGCGUCCCAUAUCACCCGAAAGUGGAGAGAAGCUGGCUAGAGACCUUAGAGCUGUCAAAUACGUAGAGUGCUCCGCCCUUACACAGAGAGGUCUGAAGAACGUAUUUGAUGAGGCGAUACUUGCAGCGCUUGAACCUCCAGAGACGAAACCCAAGAAGCGCUGCAUCCUCUUGUAGGAAGAUCAGCAGAGAGUGAUGCGCUCACUCCAACAAGAGUGGGGUUGAGUAAACAAAAUGAUCUGAUGGGGUUUUUAAUGUUGGUAUGGCUUGGCUUUGAAGUGGAUAGAGUUAAAAUUGGUAAAAAAACAAAAAUGGGAACAAAACGGCAAAAAAAUGAAUUGAAACUGGAGAUAAUGGGCAACGAAAUGGUAUUGUAAACAAACAAACAAACACAUGCACACCGUGCCUUUUCUAAAUCUUUAUAGAAAUUAGAGCAACCUAAAAUCAAUAACCUCCCUGCAAUCAAAGAAUAGAUACAGAUACAGGUGCGCUUUAUGCAUGUAUGUCACAGUAUAAAUCCACUUUAAUGCUAUAAAUGUUAUUUACACCGCAGCUUUAUGUGAUCUGUCUAGAAAAGCGUGAUGAUGGCACCAAUACACAAGAUUCGAUUUUGAAAUGCUUCAGGUUUUUGAUUCUCAUCAAAAAUAAAAGAUUUAAGAUGCUUACACAUUUGAACGCUGGACGGACGCACUGUAUUUGUCAUGUGCUUCACGCAAAGCAGCAACAUUUCAAAAACGUGCUGACUGCCCUGAUUAGCGCUUCUGCAGGGCUCAGCUGUUUGGUCUUUAACCUGUGGAUGGUGUGUAUGCAGUAAACUGUAUCUCGGCUUCUUGGAUCGGUUCAGUGAAGCAUUUUUGCUGGAUUGCAAAAUCUUCGCACGCACAAAAAAUAAUCUUUGGAAAAUUUCCCUUAUGUUGUAUUACAGGGAUUGUUUUCUAGAUUUUAAUGUCGAUUUUUGGCGCUCUAGACAUGUGACUCACACCAACACCUGUAGGCAGGUUCUGUUCCAUUCCGUUCUGUCUGUUCUGUUUAGACCUCAACCUUUAGGAUGUACUAGACUGAAUCUAGCACAAAAGCAAGCGUAUGUGAUUGUUUGAGCAUUCAGUAAAGCUCUAAUCACUGAUAAUGGCAUUGAUACGGAAUAAACAUAAUAACAAUUUUAUAUAUUUUAACAGUUGUUUGAAUUUUUUUUUUUUUUUUUUUGAUGGAUCAGAGUGUUAUGUGACCAUAUAAACCAGACUCUCUAAGGCCAUAUCCUCUCCAGUGUGACCUGCGUUAGAUUUUUUUUCUAAAAGGCGUAAGAGAGUUUGGGACCUUAUGUGGGAGCCAAUGGAGUCUUGGUUUAAAAGCAAUUGUUUCUUCCUGCAUGAGCCAAGCUGUUCUCCUCUUCUGCGGUUCAUGCUCCUAGAAUCUCUUUUUAGGUGCAUUUACUUUCUUAGCCAUGCAGGGCCUUCUGCUGGCCAUUUAGAAAAACAAAUUUAUUUUUCCCCUAUUUGUUUUGACUUGAGUAUGAUGUAUUAAAUGUAUUACUGUUUUCCUCUUGGGUGAAUGAUUUUAGUGGUGACACAUUUUGAAACUUGAGUUUUUUUUAAAAGACUUUAUUUUAUUUUUCGCUAGAGUACCAUUUGAUUGUGAUUUAUUAAUAAAAUAACAAUUUCAAAUGUAAUAUUUUGAAUAAUCAAUCUUAACAGUCGUGAGAGUAAAAUGGAGGAUGAUGACAGUUUGCAAUGAGGCCUUUUCCUAGUCAAGUUCUGCGGUGUUUGGAAUCUCACUAUAUUUGUAAUAAAAGUGAUGCGACUGACACGCAACUGA